CCCCAAAUUCUAGAGCCUUCCGCCGCGCGACGUUUUCCCCCUAAAACCCUAGCCCACGCAGCUGGAGCGGAGGGGCGGAGCCUCGGAUUCCCGCGCCACCGGCGCCGGCACGGCGAGCCUCCGCCGCCACCGCCAUGAAGCUGACGGUGAAGACCCUCAAGGGCACCCAUUUCGAGAUACGGGUGCAGCCCAACGACACCAUUAUGGCUGUGAAGAAGAACAUCGAAGAGAUACAAGGAAAGGAUAGCUAUCCAUGGGGCCAACAACUACUGAUUUACAACGGGACGGUUUUGAAAGAUGAAAGUACAUUGGAUGAGAAUAAAGUCAGUGAAGAUGGGUUUCUAGUUGUCAUGCUUAGUAAGAGUAAAACAUCUGGUUCAAGUGGAGCUUCAUCUGCCCAGCCCUCAAGCACUCCAGCAACCAGGCAGGCACCUCCUCUGGAUGCUCCACGACAAGCUCCUCAACCCCGGGUGGCACCAACUACAACUUCUCAGCCUGAAGGACCUCCUGCUGAGGCCCCUUCAAACACACAUGACAAUGCAGCAUCAAAUCUACUGUCAGGAAGCAAUCUUGACACAAUGAUUAACCAUCUAAUGGAGAUGGGUGGGGGCAGUUGGGACAGAGAUAAAGUCCAAAGGGCUCUCCGUGCCGCUUAUAACAACCCGGAACGUGCUGUUGAAUAUCUGUACUCUGGUAUUCCCGUAACAGCUGAAGUUGCUGUUCCAAUUGGUGUUCAAGGAGAAAACACAACCAAUCCAGCUCCUACUCCUACUGGGGAAGCCGAUCUCUCUGGAAUUCCAAACACUGCUCCACUAAAUCUUUUCCCACAGGGGGGUUCCAAUGCUGGAGGUGGUGCUGGUGGUGGACCGCUUGAUUUUCUUAGAAAUAACCAACAGUUUCAAGCACUCCGGGGAAUGGUCCAUACAAAUCCACAAAUUUUGCAGCCUAUGCUCCAGGAAUUGAGCAAGCAGAAUCCUCAAAUUCUAAGGUUGAUUCAAGAGAAUCAUGAUGAGUUCAUUCAAUUACUAAAUGAACCCUUUGAAGGUGGCGAUGGGGACUUCUUAGAGCAACCUGACCGGGAUGAAAUGCCUCAUGCUUUUAAUGUUACACCAGAAGAGCAGGUGGCCAUUGGACGGCUUGAAGCCAUGGGGUUUGACAGACCACGUGUCAUUGAAGCAUUCUUUGCCUGCGACAGGAAUGAGCAGCUAGCUGCAAACUAUCUUCUUGAGCAUGCUGGUGAGGAAGAUUAAGAGGGAAUAGUUUACAUUUGCUUUUUCUGGACAUCUGACCCAAAUUAAUCGAGACUGCAGAAGUUCCAAAUGACUACGAAAAGUUGUGAUGCAAACACUCGGUUGAAUUUAUCUCUCAUGUACUAGACCUAUAUUACACGUUGCCUUAUACAUUUAAAGACAUGUAGCUGAACAUUUAAAUAGAAUGCUUCUGUAGUGUUUUCCCAGCAUUACGUUUCUCAUGUACUAAACAUCAGUUCUGAUGGUGUACGCAUAGGGUACAAGUACGAGACAAGUUUGGGUUCA